AUGUCGACCGCGACCAGUGCCACCGCGGCGACCAAGGAUGAGUCGCAGCCCAUCAAGAAGGGCGGGCCCACGGUCCUGCGAUCCAUUCUGGCUGGGUCUACGGCCGGCGCUGUUGAGAUUGCCAUUACCUACCCUGCCGAGUUUGCCAAAACCCGUUCGCAGCUGAACCGGAACUUGACUGCUGGACAAAAGCUGCCGUGGCCGCCCUUCGGAGCGCAGUGGUAUGCCGGCUGUACGACGCUGAUCAUUGGCAACUCGCUCAAAGCGGGCAUCCGAUUCGUUGCCUUUGACCAGUACAAGACGCUACUUGCCGACGCCGAUGGCAAAAUCUCCGGGCCCAAGACGGUGCUCGCCGGCUUCGGCGCCGGUGUAACGGAAUCGGCCCUCGCCGUGACGCCGUUUGAGAGCAUCAAGACCACGCUGAUCGACGACAAGAAGUCGGGCAAACCCCGAAUGCGCGGCUUCCUCAGUGCCGUUCCCAUCAUCGCCCGUGAGCGCGGCCUCCGCGGUUUCUUCCAGGGCUUUGUGCCCACGACGGCGCGACAGGCGGCGAACAGUGCAGUCCGGUUUAGCGCGUACAACAUGCUCAAGCAGCUGGCCGAGUCCUACACGGCGCCGGGGGAGAAGCUGGGCGCCGUCGGAACCUUCGCCAUGGGCGGCAUCGCGGGCCUGAUCACGGUCUACGCGACGCAGCCGCUCGACACGAUCAAGACGCGCAUGCAGAGCAUCACGGCGCGGACGCAGUACGGCAACUCGUUCCGCUGCGCGGCCAUGAUCCUGAAGCAGGAGGGGGUGCUGACGCUGUGGAGUGGCGCGCUGCCGCGACUGGCGCGUCUGGUUGUAAGCGGCGGGCUGGUGUUCACCAUGUACGAGAAGAGUAUGGACCUGAUGAACAAGGUGGACCCAGAGGGAAGAUACAUCUAA